AUGGACGGGAUUCUCACUACGUUAAACGUGUCACUCAAAGAUACUUGUGAGUCGCAAGUAUCUGAUGCAAAAAAUAUUGGGGUAAAUUUUACCACCAGACUACCUCAACAUGUAACGACAUUAGAAGAAGCCCUUGAAGUCCUCAGGAAUAAACCAGAUUAUCCAAGUCUGGUAACAACUUUGGAAUAUCUUUCGCAGGAAGACUCUCUGAGGAGCUUGUACUUGCCGACACCUACAUCAUCGCAGCUAGUUCAUGUGUUAGUGUCAGAGACUAUUCCUACAUACUGGCAUGCAUUAUCUGAUCCAGAAAAUGUAAGAGGUCUAAGGAAGGAUAACCAAAGUAUGACUGGGAUAAAUUCUAUAGUUUUGAAUCUCAAGCAAUUUAUUCAGCUAGCAAAAGAAUCAACAAAGAAGGUUCAUCCAGGCUCAAGCGCGCAAGAAGUACUAAAAAUCUUGUUAAGUCUCUUAGAAACUUUACUUGAAGGAGAAAAUACAAUCGAAAAGAUUUGGAGUAAUAUGUCUAACGUCUCCGACGACCCAGCAAUGAGAAAUAUCUUGUGGACCCAAUUCCAAAAUACGUUUGGUGGGAAUAAGAUUAUAGGAAUAUUUGCUGAAGCAGAGAAAUUAUCGAAGCCUUCAAACAGCUGUGUGGAUCAAAAUUACUGGGUUUCAGACGGAAAGAAAUAUUGCCUUUGGCUUGCUUCCAAUAUCACGAGUUGGUCAAGAAGCUCUGCAAAUUCAGAGAUAACAUUGAAGAGAUGCGCAGAUAUCCUUGGAAAAUCCUUAAGUCUUGGAUGCAGUGACACUGUGAUUAAACAGGUCGUCACCAAAUUACUUCUCCAAGAAGACGAAUGCUCAGAAUUAUUUUCUAGUAUCCUUGCCAAUCUUUCGGUAUUUGGUCAACGUAAAGUUCUUUUUGAGACAAUUAGGAUAUCUUCAAGAGAUUUCUUCCGCAAAGAAUUAGCAAAAACAGAAUAUUCUAAGUGGUGGAUUACAGAUGCUGCAUCAGUAUCAGCGGUAGCAGCAAUGGUUCAAAAGAUAAUUUCUAAAGAUGAAAAGAGAAAAGUUCAUAUAAUUGAAUGGCUCACCAGCUCUGUUGGAGCUGGUGUAGGAGAUGGAAUUGCCAUUAGGAGAUCAGUCUUAGCUGCAGUCUCUUCGGAUAAAGAUUGUAUUGAAACCAUAUUUGAAAGAUCUAUGCAACAAUUUGGCGACAAUUUAUACAUUCGACAUACUCCAACACUACAACAAGAAGUACAUUGCCAAGUUCUUUUACUUGCCGCUGGGUAUCUUUACAGACAAUCCCCACUCGGACUAAAAAUGAUGAUGAGAACAGGUGCUAACCUAAGUGUCAUCUCAAAUCGUCUAGCUUCAUCCUCAAAUCGUAUUAGAUUCCUAGGAAUGGUUGUCGGUGAGGCCCUAUCUAGUCUUGUUGAUAGUGACUGCAACAAGAUGGAAUUCAAGGUAGAAGAGAUGACUACGCAUGAGACUGAGUGGUAUAAAAGCCUUGUGUAUGUUUUAGACAGUGUUGGCUCUAUAAAAAAACUGAACUUACAGCCCAAUUCGUACGAUUAUAAUCAAAUACAACCUCAGAAGCUUGGGGCUUUAAAAGCUACCAAAACUUUAUCGAGAGCAAGCUCAAAAAUUGUGGCCAUUGAGGAAGUUAUGAUAAAUAGGCUGAACCCUGAGGAUGAUGAUUUAACUCCUUAUAUAAAACCUGAUUCCGACGCAGAAGACUCAGACGACGAUCCAACUGUCAUUGAUCGUAAUAAACCGAUAUCGCCUGUCUAUGUCCGAGAUUUAAUUUCAUAUCUACGAGAUAGCGAAUCAUAUGAACAUCAGAAACUAGGCCUCAACGCAGCAGCAUCGCUUAUUCGGCGUAAGGCGAAUUUCGGUAGUGAAAUAACAGAUCAUGCAGAGGAAUUAGCCGCCCUUUUAGUCGGGAUUCAAGACAAGUAUGAAAUUGAAAAUUUUUCGGAAAUGCGCUUGCAGAGUAUGAUAGCUCUUAUCAUUGCGCUGCCUUUGAAGAUGGGACAAUGGUUCUCAAAAACUUUUUUCGAAGGCGACUACUCAAUCUCACAACGCUCGGCAGUGCUUACAGCUCUCGGCCUCGGAGCACGUGAAAUUGGAGGAUUUGGCGAAGAAGAUGCCCUUCUUUCUAGCAACAAGACCCCUAUGUUUUCUUUCCCCUCCAAAAUGCUUCCUAUUAGUAUGCAGGAAAAUUUUGGUUCUAGAAAAGUGGAUCAAGUCGGUGCGCUUUCGAACCAACUAGCCAACACUAUGAUCGAGCCUAUGGCAACUUCACUUGCAGAUAAACUCACUGGACCAUCUAUCCUGAAGAUUCGAAAAUUUUCUUCGCGUGUAGAGGUAGAGAGAAAACGCCGAAAACCCUCCCCUAACUUACUGGCAAAGAUUGUAGCCGACGGGUUUUUGUUUCCCAUGACAGGGAGGUUUCUAUCGUGCCAGCACUCAUCAACUAUGUCGGCUCGGUCAGUUAUUUUUCAGCCCUUUCUUCUUUCUCACUUCAUAAAGACUAUUUCAUUAGUUCUACACGCUGCGGGCCCAUUCGCCAUAUCACUCCCACAAAUGACGAUAGAGUUUUGGGACUUACUUUUAGGAUUACGGGUAACAGCACAAAAUGAAAGGAUAGUUUGUGAAGCGCUCUGCUUUUCAAUUUUAACCAUCUUAGAGCUAAAUUUGGAAAACUCAACCUUACAGCAAAUUCACGGGCGGAGAUUAUCAGAGACUUAUGAAUGGGUUAUGAUUGUCUUUGGAGCACUUGGACAGGGAGAGGAAGACGAGAGAUGUCGCAUGAUAGCCGCAGGAUGCCUAGUAAGGAUACAAGAAAUACAGGAGAUGUAUCGAAAGACACUGCUUGGUCUAGAUUAG